AUGCAUUUCAAAACAUACUCGGCAGUGGAUUGUUUAUUUGUGCUAAUCAUAACCUCAACACUUGCCGGGUUAUCCGGCCUAGACAAAACAAUGUUUUCUCCAAUGCACGUUCAAGCAAAAGAUGCGGAAAAAGUACCCGAACUUGAUUUGAGUAAAAUGAUAAAUGAAAAAGUUUAUUCAAAAAUAUUUGUUCGCAAGCGAGAGGAGCAUAAAUUGCUUGUUAACCAUCUUCAGUCCAUUGAUGAUUACGAGAAGCGGUACAAAUUGAUGAAGCUAGGAAUUGAUGAAAUCAUUCGGAUCAUUCGGGAAGAAGGAGGCAAGCUCCGAGGCAAUAACAUUACGUCGGAAUCUGAGUUCCCCAAACUCCAAGAACUCAUCAAUGCAUUGGCAUUAUUUCUCGAGAAUACUUGCCUUUUCGGCGAGCUGGUGUUACACUUUCCAGACAUGUCCUAUCGCAUUCUUAAGAGCGUAUCGGACUGGCGAAGUCUAAUGACUCAGGCUUUAAAUUACUCAAAAGCUUUCGAUCAGAUUUUAGACGAUAAAUCCGUAGAGCUGCUCGGUCUUCUAAACCAAGAAAUCAACGAAGACCAGCGAACGGCUGAAUACGUUAAUCCCUAUCGAGAUGCAGUACAAUCAGCUCCAAGCGGUAAAGAGAAGUUGAAGCAGAAAAGCAAACUUAAAAAGGGACCAACGAUGACUAUGCCAAAAACAGAACUAUAA